AUGUCGGCCACGCACAGACAGACCCAGUGUGUCUGCAGCGCCCUGCCAGAGCCGCAGACGGGCAGUUGGGCCUGGGAGGCUGGGGACGCCUGGACCCUGGGCACGGCCUCCGGAGAGCCAGGGGCUGCCACUCAGAAGACACGAGCCCACAGGAGGAAGGACCAGGGCGGUGUCUCAGGACAGGAGGGCCCUCUGGUCGAGGAUCUCAGGAAACUUCACGUGACAUCGCAUGGCCGGACCCGGCGCCUCACCCACACCGUUGCCGCGCUGGGGAGAGGCGGUCUGCGGGAACGGCGCCGGCUGCUGGGGCUGCUCCUGCGCUUUCUCCGCCGAAAGCUGCACUCAAAGCAAGACCAGCGACAGGGAGAGUUCGUGCAUGUGUCGGGGACCCCCAUCCGCCCCGCCUGCCCCGUGGCUCCUGUGACUGUGGGGAAGCGGGUGCCCCACGCAGGGCCCGGGGGUGAUGCUCCUCGCGCCCGUGCCAUUACCCGGCUGCGUGUGCCUGCCGUGGGCUUCGGCCCUCGCCGCCUCCCGGCUUCUCUGGGGCACUUGCGGCACCUCCCCUCAACCCUGGUGGCCCGGAGCGCCUGGAGGCCCCGGAAGCUGGCGCGCAGGUCUUCACCCGCAAUGGAUUUGUGGGGCAGGAGCUGGAGACGGGUUGUCCCGGAAGCAGGGGGCAAGCGGCCCUCGCCCCCCAACCGGUCCCGAGUGAAUGGCUGGUCGAGGCCCCUGCACUCCUUCCAGGCGGUGGCCUGGGUCACGGUCCUCAUCAUGGCCGUCGCCAGCUUUGGCAUCUUCAUCCCCUUCCUGCCGCGGGACUGGAAGGACGUCGCCUACGGUGCGACCGGCGGGCUCUUCUUUCUGCACCUCUCCGUCCACCUGCUCGCAGUUUCCAUCGACCCGGCCGAGCCCAACGUCCGGCGCAAGAAGAACUACUCGGAGCCUGUGCCGACCUUCGACCGGUCCAAACACGCACAUGUGAUCCAGGACCAGUACUGCCACCUGUGUGAGGUCACCGUGAGCCCGAAGGCCAAGCACUGCAGCGCGUGCAACAAGUGUGUCUCGGGCUUCGACCACCACUGCAAGUGGCUCAACAACUGUGUCGGGGGCAGGAACUACUGGUACUUCUUCCUCUCCGUGGCCUCCGCCUUGGCCGGGCUGCUCUGCCUCACGGCCGUCCUGCUCUACGUCUCCAUCCAGUUCUUCAUCGACCCCGCGGAGCUCCGCACGCACCCCUGCUACAAAAAGGUCUCCAACAAGAACACCUGGCUGCUGUUCCUCCCCCUUUUCCCUGUAAAGGUGAAGACUCCCGUGGUCCUGGGCAUCGGGGUGUUGGUGCUGCUGUUGGACAUCAUCGGCCUCCUGCUGCUGGGGCACCUGCUUGUCUUCCAUCUGUAUCUAAUGGCCAAGAAGCUGAGCACGUUUGACUACAUGACACAGGGCCGCCAGCAACAGACUCCAAGAGCUGCAGCAGAGAAGGAAGAGCUGUCCGUCCAGACGAGACUCCCACAGUGCGCAGACAGCGGCCCGAGCCCAUCCGCACAGAGCCCACCAGAGUCACGUCCAAGGAGCGCCUGCUGUCGGACGCGCGCUCUCAUCAGCUGUCCAGUACCGUGUUCCCAGAGAACGUGGGGCCGACGGGAGACAUGAUCGAAACGUGGGCGUGACCGGAACAGAAGCAUCAGGUGUGCUUGGGUGAUGUGUGUGGACAUCUGCAACCGGCACGGCAGCCAGCGCCUGGCGGACUUGUGGCCUGUCCCCCGGGAUCCCGGCGGUCCACUCACUCCCACAGCGAGGGCUCCCCUGCUCCUUUCCCAUGUCAACAUACACAGCCCGCUCUGUUCGUUAGCAGCCGGGACUCAGAGUUCCAUGUGGGAGAUGCCGGAGGCCGGUCUUCAGUGGGGACUGGGUGUGACUGGCCACGUCUCAGCUUAAACCAUGGCCAACACAAUGGGGCACGACCCCUC